AUGGGACGUAGGGCCAGGGAGAGUAUGGCUCUCAGACUUCUGGCGCUUAUCUCGCUGGCUUCUGCGCACAAGCCGGUCUUCGACUACACUUUGGCGGCAAACUGCCCGAUCUGCAGACAGUAUGGCAACAGCACCGUGAAGGAGAUCUACAACACUCCCGGUGUUCAAGCAGGCGUGCACUUCCAAAUUCACAUGGGCAUUCGCAAAGGACAUGAUGGCAGCUACGAGUGUGUGCUGGAAGAGCCAGGCUGCCCCAUGACGCGCUACUUCCUGUGCGCGCAGCGAGUGGCCAACGGCACAGGCAUUGAUAUCAUGAGGUUCAUGAACUGCUUCAAUGAGAACCCAAUCGUGGAACCCAAAGACAAGGAUGCACUUGCGGCUCGGAUGGAAAGGAGAUGA